AGAGAGUAGGAAGUUCAGUGAGAUCUUUGCUGAGGAGUUUGAAACACUUUCUUAAGAAGAAUCAGUUAUAAAAAGAAACGUAUUCAUAUCGGGGGGGGGAUUUUUUUUUUUUAAAGAGGGGCUUUUAAAGGAGUUUAUGCAAAGCGCUGUUUCCUCUUCUUCUACCAGGAAAUCAGCAACCUCAGGGGCAAUGCGAUGUGAGUAAGCUAUGCCUUACAGCAAUGGACAGACUGUAUCCAAGCGAAAACAUGGCGUCUAUUUCUCAAAGUUUGGACUUUUCUCCAGUCUAUUUUUCUUUCUUUCCUUUCUUUGCAUCUCGGGGUCGGUGGAAGCUCAGGGGAGAUGCGCGCCUUGUCCAGAGAACUGUACUUGCUCUGUUGUGGAAUCUUGUCGCGUUAAUUGUUCAAAUAUCGGACUGCAUCAGGGACCUGAUACGAUGGAUAUCCCUUGUGAUACAGCUGUUCUAGAUCUUUCACAGAAUCGUAUCUCCUUGAUCGAUGCCAAUCUCUUUCAGCGUUUGACUUCCUUGAAGGAAUUAUAUCUUCAAGGUAACAAUAUAAGUAUGCUUCCUCAUGGAAUCUUCUCUUGUGGAACAUUAUCCAUAUUAGAUUUAAGCAACAACCAGAUUUCUACAUUAGAAGAAGGAAUGUUUCAUAAUUUAUUUAAUUUAAGUGAAAUAAACUUGAGUUUGAAUCCGUUUGUUUGUGAUUGCAAACUCUUCCAGUUAAUUCGUUGGAUUGCAGAGCAAGGGGUUGUUGUCCGUCAUGCCCAGUCCACACAAUGUGCCGAACCUCCUGAUGUAGAAAACCUGCCUCUGUUAAGUGUUAAUGUCUCCAGUAUUACAUGUGGGCUUAGCUAUGCAGCCUGUUUGUUUGAGAAACACACAGGGAGGAAAGAACUGGUAAUAUUUUCAUCAUUAACAUCUGGGAAUUUCACGAGAAACUCCUGCAAUGCACUUUGCUUCAGCGCACACCAGCCAUACGGGGGCCUGGGCACGAAAAACGAAUGUCUGUGUGGCACAAACUUUGAACCCAACCUAAUCAGCGAAUCCCAGUGUUCAGCUGCUUGUUCAGACCACCUGGUCAUGAGGGACUGCCGCUGGACUGUCGCACAGCAAGCCUUCAUGGUGGAGUUCUCUGCACAUUUUAUGCAACUCGGCACUUUCAGCAUCCACGAAGAAGCUAAGCUAAAUAUCAGUAUUUCUGUUUCUGUAAGCACUUUAUUAUGGGACUUUGGAGAUUCUACACCGUUGCUGAAUACAACCAAAGCCUCAGCAUCUCACAAGUACGCCCUUCCUGGGAAGUACAGGGUUAACGUCACCCUAUUUGCAGGGGCGGAAGUCACUUCCAUUCAGACCGAAGUCAAUGUCAUCAUUCCACCAAGGCUGGAGCUCAAAUGCCCUACUGCAGUUACAACUAAUGACAGCAUAGAUAUCCAUAUCGCAAACUGGGAUGGAACAGAUGGAACUGUUGAUUGGAAUAUUGUGUCGGAAAGUGGCGAAAUAGGCAAAGCCCCAUUUUGUCCCUCUGAUGGGCUCUUGCACAUUGGAAGCCGUCGCUGUUACCAGUUAAUCAGAAGCAAUUCUACGUGGCAGGAAGCUCGACAGUUUUGUGCGUCGCGUGGCAAUGGUGACCUGGCCACAGUGACCAACCAAGACGUUAAGAAUUUGCUGAUAACCCUCAUAGGAAAUGAGAGAGAUGCAUGGAUCGGACUCUGGUAUAGCGAAAGCGACAGAUCCCUCAAGUGGGUAGACGGGUCAGCUACAGAUGACCUUGAAACCUUGUUGACUGGCGAACCAGCGUCAAGAUCUGAAAACACAUGCUUGACCAUGGACUCCUCUGGCCAAUGGAACCCCAAACUGUGCUCUACGAGAGCCGCGUUCAUCUGUGAAUACAGACAUCAGCCACAAGUUGCAGAAAAGAUACCUGAUGCAGAUUACUUUCUUGAGGGCUGUGCAGCUUUUAAUGAGAAUGCACCUUUAAGGACUGUAACAAGAUCGGCUUCUUUGAGUUCCCCAGCAAGGAGCGUUGAGCUGCUGGUGUUUCCUGGACUGUGGUUCAGGCAGGAGGGCACAUUGGCUGCUCUGGAGUUUGUGACCCAGGCCCUGAACAGCACAGUGCAAAUAAGGCUUCAGGUUUACAGACCCAGCUGUGACAGGCUGGGUCUCAACCUAGUCUUGCCAGGUUGUGGAGAGCACUGUGUGGCCACCGCUGUUUGUCAGACCGAGGCAGUGAGCAACAUGACUGGGGUUUGUCCAGCCAGGUAUCAGUGGUGCUCUUUUACUGCAGGCUGUUUGCCAGUAAGCCACGCCUGCCAUUCCAGUCUGUGCACAGUCUGUCCAGCUCCCCCUCUCUAUGGCAGGUCUCAGCCAGAGUACAGCCUGGUUCAUGAGCUUCUCUUCACACUUUUACCUGCUGUUUCAACUCAUUAUUUGGCACACAGUUGGAGUGAAGAUAUCCAAGUCUAUCCCGGAGACUUUAUUGCAGUCCAGCAUGAUGGAGAACCAGGCUCACUAAUCAACUGUCGCCAAGAUACUAUGUCACCAUGGAAACAGAGCUACUUCCGUGUUAACCAUUCUGACUGGAUCACUGACUCCCUUGACAACACAACCUUGAGAAACUGGACUGAAGAAGCAGUCUGCAACCUUCGAGUCCUGUACACCCAGAAGAAAGUGAAGUUCAUUGAAAGUCCGCUUCUUAAAGCUGGUCUAACCACCCCAGGAAUUUAUACCUUUCACGCAGCUGUAGAAAGCAAACCCUUUUCUAGAAAUCUUUCCUGCACGUUUCAGGUUGCGCCCCAUCUUGGCUUAACCAUCGUCUACCCACCAGUGCAAGAUGACACUGUCUACUUCCCUACAAACAAAACAUUUCUUCUGCUUAAAAUCACCUCUUGGCACAAUGCAACAGCCCGUUGGCAUGGCAACAACCAGAGUUUUCCUUUCCAAACAACUUGCCCUGAAGAAAUUGCCUCACUAAUUGAAGACUGUAAAAUGAACAGCAGUGGUACUCUGUUUUCACGCAUAGACCUGGAACUGAUAAAUGCCAGUGUCGUUUCUGUUGUCAUUACGGCAGACAAUGAACUUAGCUCUGAGAACCAGACUGUUAAAGUAAAGACAGAGGACCCUGUGAGAGGUCUGAGGGUCGUCCCUGAUCCACACCAAAGAGUGCUGGUUAAUUCCUUAGUGAGUUACACUGCAGUUGUGGACAGUGGAUCUGAUGUUACUUUUAAGUGGACAGUUGAUGAUAAACCAUCAUUCACGUACUACAAUACAGCACUUAAUGUGAUUUACCAGAAUGCAGCGAUCUACAAACUUUCUGUCACUGCAUUAAACCACGUGAGCAGCCUGGCGGCAGAAUUCAAUGUCACGGUGGACAGAAUGAAUAUGAUGGCUGACCUGAGGGUGAUUGGUGUCCCUGCUGUCAUCCCUCAGAGUUCUUCUGAGACGCUUACAGCCAGCGUCAAAGUGGACACAGCCGUGGAGGCCACAUUCCGGUGGACUUUUGGGGAUGGCGGCUACGACACCUAUCAUUUCAAGCCCCCCUAUGACAUUUCUCUUCAGGUUCAAGACACCAGUGUAAACCAGGCCUUGUUACAGCACAAUGUCACCUACACAUACCAACAACCCGGAGAAUACACCCUUACUGUGUCUGUGUCUAACAAGUAUGAAAAUAUCAGCCAGCUGGUACAAGUGUUUGUCUACAGCAAUCUCACUAGUGUGGGAAUAAUAGUUGAUACUGAAGCUCUUGUGGUUGGUAGCACGGCAGCAUUCGAGGCCCAUCCCCUCCCUUCACCAUAUGGAAUAAUUUACACCUGGAGAUUCGGCGAUGGCUCUUCCCCUGUUCAGGGGCGGGAGCGCAGAGUGAACCACACCUUCAAUCAGAGUGGGGUCUACAACAUCAGCGUCUGCGCUAACAACACCAUCAGCAGCACAGAUUCCCAAAGGAGUGUUCUAGUCUUUGAGGAGAUCACAGGUCUAAGUGCCUCAUCGAAUGGACCUACUGAGCUUCAUACUGCAGUAGUGAUAAGUGCAGAGGUUAAAACCGGGAAUAACAUUAGUUGGAUCUUUGACAUGGGAGAUGGGAGUCAGCUGACAGGAGUCGGUCCUGUGGUGGAGUACACUUACGUGAAAGACGCCAUCUACACUGUGAACGUGACAGCCGUAAAUUCAGUCAGUGUUGUGUCAGUGUCCCUAUCUGUUCAAGUAUUUGUGCUUGAGGUCUUGAGGUUAGAGCCUUCCAAGUGCAUUCAGGAACUUCUUAAUAUAAGUUUUAUCGCCUUUGUAUCAGGAAACUCUUCAGUCUAUGUAUAUGACUGGAAUUUCGGAGACGGUUCACCUAAUCUGACUGUAAAAGGCAGUCCUGAGGCGAAUCAUCUAUUCAGAAGGAGUGGGAUGUAUGCUCUUUCAUUGGGACUGUCAAGCAGUGUUAAUAAAGCCAAUUUCUUCACAAGUAUUUGUGUUCAGCCAGUGGUAAUGAAUGUGACAAUUGUGCCUCUCAGUAAAUACACCAAAUUGGGCGAGGAGAGCAGAUUUUGUGUCCAUGCCUUUCCUGAGUAUCAGUACAGUUAUCUGUGGGACUUUGGCACUAAUGACUCAGCUGUCCGAGGAACUAAUGAAAUGGGCUUCACUUACAGAAACGCGGGACAGUAUUCUGUUACAGUCUCUGUGCUCAACAACAUUUCAUUUAGCAGCAAUAUGGUGCUGAUUGAAGUCCAGGAGUCUGUUGGGUUGGUAAUAAUCACACACAAUGGCACAAAGUCAAACAAUUUAGCAUUACAGGAGACGUACAUGUUUAGGGCUUCUGGGAGUUAUUGGAAAGAGAGAUACACGUGGGACUUUGGUGAUGGAAGCAUCAAAAUGGGCUGCAAUGCCACCCACCUAUAUAACUCAACAGGUAAUUUUAACAUUACCCUCACAGGCUGGAAUGAGGUUAGCAGUAAUAACUCACAAAUUAGCGUUGCAGUCAAAACACCAGUUCGUGGCUUGACAGUUACUGCAAGCAAGACCAUUGUGCCACUGAAUGCAUCUGUCACUUUCAUGGCACAUCUGUUAGCAGGAGACGAUGUCCAUUACUCUUGGAUCUUGUGCGACAGGUGCACGCCAAUUCCUCGAUCGUCAACUAUUUUCUACACAUUUCGGUCCAUUGGGACGUUUAACAUCAUUGUGACUGCAGAGAAUGAAAUCAGCUCAAUGCAGGCCAGCAUUUUCAUCUUUGUACUGAAGGAGAUAGAGGGUCUUCACAUUGUAGCAGAGGAUCUUGUUGACGGUUGCUGUUUUGCAACCAACAGAGUUCUCCAUAUGCAGGCAGCCAUCAGAGAUGGAACCAAUAUGUCUUACAUCUGGACAGUUUUAAAAGCCCAAGACCCUAUUCUAAACUUCAGUGGAAAGCUUUUACCAGUCAACUUUCCAGAACCUGGCUUUUAUGAUGUAAUUCUAAAAGCAACCAACCUCUUGGGCACAUCAAGUGUGAACAGGACCAUUGAGUUUCUGGAUCCUGUUGGAAAUAUAAUCAUGACUGCAGUGCCCAACCCUGUGGCAGUCAAUCGCUCUACUAAUAUCUCUUUGUUAGUAAGCAGUGGCACCAAUAUAAAAUAUAUUUGGUCCGCAGAAGAUCAUUUUACCAAUACUACAGAAGAGUCAUGGAUUACUCACCAGUUUAGCACUCCAGGACUCAAACAAGUUGGUGUCAUGAUUACCAAUAAAGUGAGCUCAAAAAAUGUUGCAACUUUAAUUAGUGUACAAGAGCCUAUUUCAGGAGUAAAUUUUGUUGCUCAGGAUCUACCAGACCAAUAUUACAUAGCCUCUGGUUCAACUGUCUCACUGCAAGGGGAAUUUCAAAGAGGAACAAAUGUUUCAUGGACGUGGCAUCUUCCAAAUAGUACAGCAACCGAGCAGCAAAUUACUCUGCUUUUUGCAGUGUCUGGGACCUAUACCAUCUCCUUAAAUGCUUCCAAUGAUAUCAGCUGGGCUUUGGCCUCUAGAAACAUCACAGUACAAGACAAAAUAGGAGGGCUUGAGUUAAAGACCAGCAAGAACAUCGCGGCACUGAGAGAGAAUGUUCUUUUCAUGAUUGGAAUCUCUUCAGGAACUUCGGUAAGCUUCUUGCUAAGUAUUAGUGGAGACUCCUCGGUGUUCGUUGUCAACCUCAAUUAUACCCAUCAGUUUACCAAGGUGGGGGACUUUGUUGUCAACCUGACGGCACAAAACCAAGUCAGUACAGAAAGGACCAGCAUUAUAGUAACAGUAAUGGAGCCGGUUAGCAGACUGAGAAUCGUCAACUGUUGCGAGGAAGCUAUUCCAACAGGAGUGAGUAAAAUGUUCAAUGCCGAAACUCUGACUGGUUCUCCAGUGACGUAUCUGUGGACCUUUGAUCUACACUGCGGUUCUAAGAAAACCAUCAUUGGAAAGCAAGUCUCCUACACGCCGCCCCAAGCAGGACAGCUCACCAUAUACCUCAGCGCUUUCAACGCUUUGGGGAGUCAGAACAUCACAAGAGUAAUCCAAGCCCAGAACAGGCUCCUCUUAGCUACACUUGAAGCGAAGCCUGCAGAAACUCUUGUCAACAAACCUGUGACCAUGCAGGCUUUGGUUUCACCGCAUGCAACUUCAGUGAACUAUGUGUGGAGUUUUGGCGAUGGUUCUGAAAAAAGGAUGACCAAAACUGCAAACAUAUCACAUUCUUACUUGGUUCCAGGGGAGUACACUGUAGAGGUAAACGCAAGCAAUCUUGUAAGUUUUGCAGUUGCCCAGACCACCGUGACUAUACAAGUCUUGGAGUGUGAGGAACCUGAGGUCCAACCAGUUCAGUCAUCUCAAACUGUCAUCAAAAGAUCCCAGAGAAACUAUUUGGAGGUAGCUGUGGACCUCAGAGGCUGCACGAGGUACAAGAUAGAGUACCUCUGGGAGAUUUACAGAUCCACAACCUGCUUGAACUCCAAUGACAAUUGUAAAGUAAGCCUUCAUGAUGUCGAUGUACAGAGGCCUCAACUGGUCAUACCCAGGAUGGCACUGGACUUGGGGAGCUACUGUGUUGUCUUCUCCCUUUCAUAUGCAGAUGUGCCACUUAGAAAGAGCAUUGCUAUUCAUCUAAAUGUGGUUCCGAGUAAACUGGUUCCUAUAAUCGAUGGUGGGACAUUUCGAGUUUGGUCUAAGACCCAGGAUUUACUGAUGAAUGGUGAAAAGUCAUAUGACCCCAAUCUGGAGACUGACAACCAAUCCCCUCUGAGUUAUACUUGGACAUGUAUGAUUUCAUCCAAGACGCCCUCCUCUGGUUGCAAUCUGAAUUGCGGCUCCCAGGAAAAGGUGUUGGUCAUCGCUGAGGACAUGCUUGAGGCAGAUGUGGCGUACACGUUCCUCCUGACUGUCAGCAAAGCUGGCAUGAGCCCAGAGAAUACAACCCAGACUGUUUUGGUGAAGAAUGGCACAGUCCCCAUGGUGUCUUUGGAGUGCAUUUCAUGCAAGGCGCAGUCUGUCUAUGAAGUGAGCCAAAGCUCUUAUGUGUAUCUGGCUGGGACCUGUAACAACUGUCAGGAUAAUAAUUCUCACUCUGGGCGCUGGAGGGCCCAGAACUCAAAGAAUGAGUCCCUGGUGUUGGAUGCGACCACCACCUCCACUGGAAGCACUGGCAUGAACCUGGUGGUGAGGCAGGGGAUUCUGAAGGACGGAGACGCUUACACCUUCAGUCUGCACGUCACUGAUCCUCUCAUGGAGAACGAGGGCUUUGCUUCCAUUGAACUGCGGCCUAACUUGCCCCCUGCUGGCGGCUCCUGUGUGGUUCACCCCAGUGACACAGCAAACGCAUUGACCACUAAAGUGCAGUUCAAGUGUACAGGGUAUAAAGAUUCGGAAGACUCUGAGACUCCACUUCUCUACAGCCUGAUUGUCACCCGUUGUAACACUGAGCACUGUGAGGACUUCUGUGUGUAUAAAGGCACCAGUGCCGAGUACUCUGCCUUCCUUCCACUUGGCUUCAGAGCCAGCAGGUUCAGAGUGGACGUGUCCGUGACAGUGCAAGACCAGCAGGGGGCAGCCAUCGUAGCUCUCAAUCAAUCCAUGGUUAUCCGCCUCCCUGAUCCACCAGAGGAGUUUCAGAGUCUGACUCACUGGCUGUACAACCAGACUGAAACAUCCCUGGAGGACCUGAUCAAGCAGAAAGAUCCGCGGCAAGUCCGGGAGUAUGCACUGGCCCUCAUCACAGUGUUAAAUGAGUUUGAGCAAAUUGGUCCGUCGUCUUUGGACUCGCAAAGUGAGCAGGAUUUCAGAAUCCUGAUUCGCAGCAAGGUCACUUUGGCUCUGAUUUCUCUGGAGGUGAACACGGUGGACGAUAUCCAGCAAACGUCAGCUGCCUUAGCCCAGUGCACGGCUGUUAGUAGGGAAUUCAUUUGCAGAGAAUGCCAGAGAGAAACGUUAACCAAGCUGGAGUCAAUGCUGGCAAUCCUGCAGAGUGACACGAGACAGGGGACAGUGACGCCCACAAAGCUAGCCGACAACAUCCUCAACAUUAUGGGAGAUCUGAUUCACCUUGUUAACCAGCCUCCUCCCCAGCCAACAACGGAUGACAACUCCAAUGAUCGGCACCCCCUGCUGGUGGCCUCCAAGGCUUACAACCUGUCCUCAGAGCUGAUGCGAAUCCUCAUGCAUUCCCGCGUCCUAAAUGAGGAGCCGUUAGUCUUACACGGGACGGAAAUCACAACGCAGGGCAAGCGCGCCCACCCCCUGAACCUGCUCUGCUUUCCCGAUGGACCACUGUGCCCUUUCUCAAUCCCAAAAGAAUUCAACAGCACCUUCCGCGACAUGACUGGCAUCGUUCAGGUGAUGUUUCAGGUCGACUCGAACCCGUUCCCCUUCGGUUACGUUGGAAACUACACGGUUUCCACAGAAGUGGCGUCGAUGGAGUUUCAGACUGCGAAUGGAACUCAGAUUCCCAUAUCGAGCCUUGGAGCCAGUAAGGCCAUCACUGUAAUGGUUUCCAACAGCACUGGAGUUCAGGCGAACUCCUCUUGGACACAGGUGGUCAGUGAGUGGAGUUCUGUCAUUGUGCUGGUGACAACUGGAAAUACCAACAAAGCAGCAGGGCUGCAUAUUCAAGUCAUGUUUACUAUGUUAAACGAUGGAACUGCUGCCAGUGAAGAAGAGUCGUAUAUCACCGCCUAUCUCCACAGUUAUCUGAACCCUAAUGAAUAUAACUGCACAGCCCAGAAGAGGAUCACCCUGAGCAUGACAAAGGGACCGGAUCACAAGCUAUACACUUUCUUCAUUUCUCCAGAUGUUUUUGACACCACCAAAGACUACUACCUGAAUGUUACAAACGGGUGCUGGAGGUCCCCAGUGCGGGUGAAGGUGGGAGUGUACACCUCACUGUGCCAGUACUUCAACAACCAGGAGAUGCGCUGGAAAACAGACGGCAUGGUGCCCCUGGAGAGCACCACCCCAGACAAGGCAGUGUGUCUGACAGAGCACCUCACCGCCUUCGGAGCCAGUCUCUUUGUACCCCUAGACGCUGUGAGGUUCAUCAUUCCUGCUCCAUCUCCCGGAAUGAACUACAUAGUUCUGCUGACAUGCGCCGUCUGUUUCGUCACCUACUCGGUCGUGGCCGUCAUUGUUCGCAAGUUAGACCUGAUUGACAUAAACCGUGCUGGAGUGAUUCCGUUCUGUGGGAAGGAUGGCCUGUAUAAGUAUGAGAUCCAGGUGAAAACUGGCUGGGGACGCGGAUCAGGCACGACGGCUCAUGUUGGAAUCAGCCUGUAUGGAACAGACAGUAAAAGUGGCCACAGACACCUGGAUGGGUGGAAUGUUUUCCUCAGGAACAGCCUGGAUAUAUUCCACAUGUCCACGGACAGCAGUCUGGGCAGCAUCUUCAAAAUCAGAGUCUGGCAUGACAAUAAAGGACUAAGUCCAUCUUGGUACCUGCAGUACGUCAUUGUGAAAGAUCUGCAGACCAGCAAGAAGUAUUUCUUUCUCAUCAAUGACUGGCUUUCUGUGGACAAUGAUGAUAAUGAAGGGAUGGUGGAGAAGGAGGUCAUAGCUGCAACGGACGCUGAGCUCAGGCAUGUCUCCCGGAUCUUCGUGGGGGAGCUGGAGAGAGGGCUCUCCGAGAAGCACAUCUGGCUGUCGCUGUGGGAGCGUCCUGCCCGCAGCAGGUUCACUCGAGUGCAGAGAGCCACCUGCUGCACUGUCCUCAUCUACCUGUUCAUCCUCGCCAACGCAGUGUGGUACGGCCUGGUGGGAGACAAAACCAGGAGCCCCGUUCCCGUCUCUAAUCUGAUGCCUGUGAAUGUGGAGACAGUGGCUGUCGGCAUGGUGGCCUGCGUCAUUGUGUAUCCAGUUUAUCUGAUAGUGCUGACUCUCUUCAGGAUGGCGCGCAGCAAGGCAUCAGUUGAUCCUCCUGUAGCACAGCUUGAGCAGCAGUCAUUAGAAAUCGAUGACUACCUUGACUCCUCAACCAUUGGCAACUCCUUUCUAACUUUUAGUGGAGUAUCGGGAGAGACUUAUUCUGAAGAGAUCAAUUCGGAUAUAUCUGUUGCUACUUCAAAGAGCUUGCAGAAAUCAAACUCCCAGGAAAGAGUGGUGCCACACUGGCCGGACCUCCUGAACGAUCCCUCCAUCAUGGCCAACAACCUGCCCAAGCUGAAGAGAGGCCAGGGCAGCCGCCACCUCGGAGUGGACAUGGCUUUAACUUCCGAGGAGGAGGAUUUUUACAGCAACAGGAACAAGUACUUCACUGCCUCGGAUGAGGAUCUGAUAAAGAAAAUUCUCGCCGAUGGGCACAGGCAGGCUUCAAGACUGCAAGACUCUCAGCUCUAUCUUUCACAGACAGAGACCGAGCUGGCUGACUUAUCCACUAUAUUUGGAGACAAGACUGAAGUGAUUCUCCUGCAGCAGCUGAAUGAGCCUGGACCCACUGGGACUGCACGGAGAGAACCUCCCCAAUCAGCACACACCUCCAGGACAGCAGUGAUGGAUGUCUCUGCACAGAGGUUGUUCCCGCACUGGUGCAGCCAUGCCGCCCACGUGCUGAGUUUCAUCCUGCUCGCUGGCUCCAUCGGCAUCUCAGUGUGGAUCGGGAUGGGGUUCGGCUCCAGCGUGGCCCUCAUGUGGCUCCUCUCGGGGAUCUUCAGCUUCCUCACUUCCUUCUUUGUGCUGGAACCCUUCAAAGUCCUGCUGGAGGCUCUGUACUUUGCCCUGAUUGUGAAGCGGAUUCUCCCGGAGGAGAGGGACACCCUGGUUGAAAACCCCCAGGUGCAGCACGUUUCAGAGAAGAUUCAGCGAGUCAGAGCACCGCAGGGCUUCGCACUGUUCCAGGCCAAGGAGGAGGCUAAGAAAGUCAGAAAACUGCACAGAAUGCUAAAGAGUUUCCUUGUGUACAUGUUCUUCCUGCUGGUCGUGCUGAUCACCAGCUACGGAGAUUCAUUCAGGGACACCAAUGCCAGACACCUGCAGAGCCUGGUGCACCAGAGGCUGGACACAACUGAAUUCAUCAGCAUUGAGAAGCCUGAGGAGUUCUGGAUAUGGCUAUCCCACGUGCUGCUACCUUAUCUCUAUAGCAACGAAACAAUGAGGGAGACCAACAGCAUUCUUCUGGGGGUUCCCCGGCUUCGUCAGAUUCGAAUGCAAAAUGCAGGGUGUCCCAUAUCUAAUUACUUGGAGCCCUCACUGGCAGAGAGAGGGUGCAUCCAGUUCACUCCCAUUGUAGACACGAGGAGCUAUGGGCUGGGCUGGGGCAGCCAGGACCUGAAUCAGAGCAACACCUGGACAUACUUCCCUCCCGAUCUCACCGGGGUUUGGUACUGGGGUAAGCUGUCGAUCUAUAACAGUGGAGGGUACGUGAAAGAACUGAAGAGAACCAUGAACGAUUCCAAUGCCACUCUGCUAGACCUGCAGCACAAUAACUGGCUGGAUAGGAUGACCAGGGCCGUUUUCGUUGAGUUCACACUCUACAACACCAACACAGAUCUGUACGCUGUAGUCGCAUUGCUGGUGGAGUUUGCACACUCGAGCAGAGCGUACACCUCUAUGCAUAUCAAAGCUGUACCGCUGCUGCGAUUGAGCACUGGGGCGGAUCUGCUUCUCGUCAUGAUGGGCUUCCUCGUGGUGUUUGUGGUUUACUUUGUGGUUCAUGAGACCCGGAUCAUGAAGAAGGAAGGAAGCUCCUACUUCUCCCAGCCAUGGAACUUGGUGCAGUGGAGUGUCAUCGUGCUCACUCUUGCCGCUGUGGUGGUCCACUUGAACCGGAUCAGCAUUGCCGAUAAGCAGUGGCACACGUUUCUCAAUCAUCGGGAUGGCUUUACCAAUUUCUACCAGAUUGCCUUUCUGAGUUACGCAUUCACCAAUCUGGCAGCUGUGGUUCUCUUUCUGUUAAUUUUAAAGGCCUCUGUGCAGCUGCGUUUCAUCAGAGACUGGUCGGUGUUUGGGAAGACUCUGUGCCGCUCAGUGAGGGAGCUCCUGGCAGCCGGGGUGGCCCUAACUCUCCUGCUCCUCGCAUACUCCCAUCUGGGUUAUUUGGUGUUCUCCUCUUCCAUGGAAGGGUACAGCAGCUUCAGCUCAUCAGUUCUCUCUCUGCUCUCCACACUGAGAGGCCUGGGGUCUUUAAAGACCUGCCUCCCGGAGCAGCGGUCAGCAGUCUGUUAUGUUUUCUACAUUAGUUACACCGUCAUUGAUAUGUGGAUCAUCCUACGAAUAUUUGCAGUCAUCCUGAUCAGGAACUACAAUGUGGUGCGCUUUGAAAUGUACAGACCUGCCAUUGAACCUCAGGACUAUGAAAUGAUGGAGCUGUUUCUCAGGAGACUGAAAAUGUGGAUGGGAAUUAGCAAAACUAAAGAGUUCCGACACAAAGUCCGGUUUGAGGGAAUGGAGCCCUUACCUUCACGCGCCUCCACCGAUUCCAAAUCUCUGUACCUGCCGACUCCGGACUCUGCCUCCGACAUCUCCUCCAACUCCACCACCUCCAGCCACGCAGAUUGUUUUCAACCAGUCGUGUCCAGAGAGAGGGCUGAGGCCGAGGCUGCCCUGCACCGCCUCCUGCCCGUCUUCGAGACCCUGCUCCUGCAGCUCGACCGGGUCAACAAGGUCACAGAGGACGUCUACCAAGCCGAGUGCCGCCUGGAACACAUUCAAACGAAGAUCAACAAGAACAAGUAUGUUCAGAUGACUCAGAUCUUGCUCAACAAGUACUGCACGAUGAGCAAGAGCAGCUCUGCUGGAAAGAGCAGCUCAAACCACCUUGACCACAAAUCACAACCCAGGAAAGGUAAAGCAAGGCCACUGGAUCCAGACUGGACCAAGAGAUCAAAAGGAGCUGCUUUGGCUGAAGAGACCACUGUGGGACCACAGAUGCCCAAUGCACCUUCAAGCUUGUUUAGGCAUCCAGCACAUACGACCACUGUCCCAGUCAAAAAGAGGAAACCUCCAGCGAUGAAAAACAAGGUGCAUCCAAACACAGACAGACAUGUAUCCAGUCACUUAAAAUCAUAGAUCUGACCAGAUCGCAUUCCAGGAGAGGAGGAACAUGUACACCAUCAAAUGUGCUCAAGGAGUCAAAUGGUGCUUAAAAAGACAUGUGCUGACAUGUUGAAACUUAACCAAGUGGUGCAAGGACAAAACUGAAGGUAAUUUACAUUUAUCCACCUGGAGUGGAGUGUCCAGCAGGCUGGACAAAGAGAAAAGCAGUAUGAGUAACUGAAGCACAUCUUAUUUCGAAACACCUUCAAAAUAUUUAUUGGUUCAGAAGUCAAAACGUCCAUUUCCCCCCCCCAUCCCCCCCCAUCCCCAUCAUACAUGGCCAAUUAAAUGGUUUCUGAGAAUGAGCAGUGCUGAUUUUCAGAACACAGCCCCUUGUGUCUUAAGACUUAUUUUACUGCCGCUAGGUCAGAAGACCGUAUGGAAGCACUUACUGGGGUGUUCUGCAGAAAAGGAACCAGCCCCUUGUCCAUGAAACAAAGAAAUGUUGAAAUCGUAGAUGUUAACCAGACUUGGGUGCAGGUCAUCACCAGUAUUUAGGUGACCCAGGAGGUCAGUAUGAAAUGGACAAAGCAUUGCUUAUGCUUUAAAAAUUGAUUUUUGAACUGUUUGUAAAACAAAAUCUAUGGAAAGUGGGCUUUAUAUAGGUGUAAAAUUUUGCUUGGUAGACAGUGUGAAUGGUAAUAGCAAUUAAUACAAAUUGCAUUAGCAGCGUACCAGUGGACGAUAUUUUGUCCGAUAUUUUAUUCUGGGUUUAACCUUACCUGCAUGCAUCAUUUUGAAUGUGGUUGCUUUAAAAGCUCUGGUGUAAAAUAAUUCCAAAGUACUUAUAAAAAUAUAAAAAGGCUUGCUAAAGGCAUAGUACUUACAGUUGCUAAUUAAUUUCUAUUGCUUUACUAGUAAGCAAAAUGGUACAAUUGGCAGCGGUUGCUAAGCAAUACAGAUAAUUAUAUAUUAUCGAUUUUAAUUUAAAUGUUUUCAUAUUAUAUGUACCCAGCACUUUAUUUGUAAAAUGAUGCUGUUGUCUGAUGGCAUUUUAUUCAGUUUUUUUUUUUUUAACUUUAUGAAAAGAACAUGUUUAUGAGAUGAAUAUAGUUGCACUUCAGGAAAACAUAUGCAGCGAGACACUCGGCUUUGCAUGUUUAAGAUUUUCUUUAGCAUAUCAGCUCACUGCACAUUGACUCAGGGACCCCAGAGCAGGAUUUAUAUUUAAAUUUGCAAAAAGCAUGUGCGCUACAAAAGAUUGUUAUAUGGUGACCUGGCUAAACCAAACAGGAUUCAUUUUAUAGGGCAUUGUUAGGAGGAAGAGACUUUUAAACUUGAGUGUAGUUCUAAAAUCCAUUUCCCUACAACUAGCAGAGAGGUUUGAAAUGAUUGAGCCAAUUGCCAAAAAAAAAAUAAACCCAACAGGAGGCUUGAUAAAAACAUAUGCAUGUUAAGGAUGCAGAAUGGCAGAUUAUAUCAAAUAAAAUGUACAACUCCAUUUGUAACAAUUAACAACUUGGCGAUUCUAUUUUUUAACAUUCAGAAGCAGAGUAUUUACAGUAUCUGGCCUGAAGCAGUUACAAACAAACAAUCAUUGUUUUUAAAAGUUAAAAUAUUCUAGUUAAUGUAAAUAUGUGCAUAAUUGUGAGUCCUGAUGUAAAUAUUUUAUUAUUGGUAUCUUGUUGGCUAUAUUGUCACAGCACUGAGUACGAUUGAAACAGUUUCAAACUUGUACAUAGCAAACAGAAUGGGGAAAAGAAAAAAAAAAGUAUUAAAUAUAUUUUUUCAAAGGAUUAAAACGGUGUUCAAUACCCCUGAUCAGGGGCUCAGCAUGCCACAUGAAAUACUUGAUCUCCAAUGAUCCAAAUUCAAAACACUCCACUAUCCACAAUUAUCUUGAAAGGAAUAGUUGUUUCUUAUUUGAAUACAAAUAAAUGGGUGUUUAAAUGCCAAAUUAUUACUCUAAAUGUAAAUAACCUUUGUAUGCUAAUAAUUUACACUUGUCCUCAAACGUUGUGUUUGUCUAUCCUUUUGGUUUUGAGCUUGGUGCUUUUUAUAUUCAAAUAUAACUAUAAAACAACCAGCAGUUACUGUUACCUAUAGUAUUAUUGCCACCUACAGCUCUUAAAAUACAGUAGAUGGAUAAUAUACAACAAAAAUACAAAAAAGCAGUAUUAUAAAAAGGUCAAGAAGUGUUUUUGAUAGUUAUGCUUUGUUUAUGAUAAUCCUAGCUAUUUCAAUAUUUCUUACACAACUGCAAUUGCAAGCUUUAAGACACACGCAACAUACACUACGUGUAAUGGACAGAUUUGACAGGCUUUGUAUUUUACUUCCUUAUUGAACCUAUUAAGAUGCUUAAAGCUGAACAUUGUCUUAUUUUGUUGGGUUUGCUUUCUUUGUACCUUUCCAUCUCAAGCAGUUUUGAGCACGGUUACAAAAAUAUAUAUAUUUAUGGAAUCAAUGAUAACCUGAGAAGGGCUUUAAGAAGAUGCUGUUCUGAACUGAUUUCCUCACUUAGCAUUUCUAAUGCUCUGUUCCUGACAAAAUCAAAUAAAAAUUUGAUGGCUAAGUUUUCA